AUGGCUCGCCUCCUCUCCCCCCUCCCAAUCACCGCCGUCGCCGCCGUCGCCGCCGUCUCCCCCUCCCGCUUCCGCAUCCCCGCCGUCUCCGUCGCGCGGCGUCAGGCGCUCUUCGGCGGAAGAGUAGGGUUGAGGGUGCCCGCGAGACUGUCAACGAGGGGAGUGAGCGCCGGCGCGGAGGCGGGCGUGCCCGCAGCUCGAGCGGCCGCGGUGAUUAGCCCUGAGGAGGCCGUGGAGUGGGUCAAGAAGGACAGGAGGCGCCUGCUCCACGUCGUCUACCGCGUCGGCGAUCUUGACAAGACUAUCAAGUUUUAUACGGAGUGCUUAGGGAUGAAGCUGCUGCGGAGAAGGGACAUCCCGGAGGAGAGGUACACCAACGCCUUUCUUGGGUACGGACCAGAGGACUCGCAUUUUGUUGCGGAGCUCACUUACAACUAUGGUGUCGAAAGUUACGAUAUUGGGUCUGGUUUUGGUCAUUUUGGAAUUGCUGUUGAGGAUUUAAGCAGCACUAAUCGUGUGUCAAGUAUAAGUAGCUCGUCUAUAGCUUUCUUCUACAUGAAUGAGCUCAGAAUAUUGCAGGUCGAAAAAACAGUGGAACUUAUUAAAGCCAAGGGAGGAACAGUAACAAGGGAACCAGGUCCGGUAAAAGGUGGAAAGUCAGUCAUUGCCUUCAUUGAAGAUCCUGAUGGUUACAAGUUCGAGCUUAUAGAAAGAGGUCCCACACCUGAGCCUUUGUGCCAAGUAAUGCUUCGAGUGGGAGAUCUUGAUCGUGCUAUAAGUUUUUAUGAGAAGGCAUUUGGUAUGGAACUUCUUCGCAGGAAAGACAAUCCUCAAUACAAGUAUACCAUUGCUAUGAUGGGAUAUGGCCCUGAAGACAAACAUGCUGUACUGGAGUUGACAUACAAUUAUGGUGUCAAGGAAUAUGAUAAAGGAAAUGCUUAUGCACAGAUUGCUAUUGGUACUGAUGAUGUCUACAAGACCGCAGAAGUUGUUAGACAAAACGGGGGACAAAUAACUCGUGAACCUGGCCCAUUACCUGGCAUUAGUACCAAGAUAACUGCCUGCACAGAUCCAGAUGGCUGGAAAUCAAAAUCUUGUAAAAGCCUCUAA